UGUAAAACCUCGAACACACUCUCUCUCUCUUCACACACACACACACACACACAGAUACACACUCUCUCUCUCUCUCUCUUUCUUCUUCCCUCUUCCAAAUUCCAGAAUCUAGGGUUUCGAGUUUCAAUCCCUAAAUCUCCGUCUCACUGUCUCUCUCUCUCUCUCUCUCUCUCACACAACAGAUAAUGAAUCUCUAGGGUUCACAUCCUCCGUUUUUACAUUCUCUUCCGGGGCUAAAUGAGUCCUCUCCACCACACUCUCGCUUUCUGCUUCAUCUCUCUCCUCCUCCUACUCGGCGCCAACGCGGUAACCGAGCCUGAGCUCCGAUCUCUACUCGAGUUCCGCAAAGGCAUCCGCGACGAGGCCUCCAACCAGCGCAUCUCAUGGUCCGCAACGAGCAGCCUAACCGACCCCACCACUUGCCCCGAGAACUGGCCCGGCAUCUCCUGCGACCCACAAACCGGUUCAAUCGUCGCCAUUAAUCUAGACCGGCUCGGUUUAUCAGGAGAGCUCAAAUUCAGCACCCUAACCGGCCUAACCUCCCUCCGCAACCUCACUCUCUCCGGAAACAACUUCUCGGGCCGGGUCGUCCCUUCCCUCGGAGCCAUCUCCUCUCUCCAGCGCCUGGAUCUGUCGGACAACGGGUUCUACGGACCCGUCCCGGGUCGGAUCUCGGAUCUCUGGAACCUCAACCACCUCAACCUCUCCGCCAACAAAUUCUCCGGCGGGUUCCCGGUCGGCGGGUUCCGGAACCUCCAGCAGCUGAGAUCUCUCGAUUUGCGCGGGAACGAGCUCUGGGGAGACGUCCGGGAGAUUCUCCCCGAGCUGAGGAACGUCGAGUUCGUCGACUUGAGCUCUAACCGCUUCCACGGCGGCUUGUCUUCUCUAUCGAUCGAAAACGUCUCCAGCGUCUCCAACACUCUCCGUCACUUGAACCUGAGCCACAACGCGUUGAACGGAGGUUUCUUCGCCGCCGAUUCAAUCGCUUCGUUCAAGAGCCUCGAGGUCGUCGAUUUAGAGAACAACCAGAUCAACGGCGAGCUGCCGCGUUUCGGAUCGCAGCCUGGGUUGAGGAUCUUGAGGCUCGCGCGUAACCAGCUGUUCGGUACAGUCCCUGGAGAGCUGCUGCAGAGCUCGAUUCCGUUGCGAGAGCUUGAUCUCAGUCAAAACGGUUUCACAGGAUCAAUUAGUGAAAUCAAUUCGACGACUUUAACUCUGUUGAAUCUUUCCUCCAACGGCUUGUCCGGUGAUCUUCCGUCGAGUUUCAAAACCUGCUUAGUGGUAGAUCUGAGCGGGAACGCGUUUUCAGGAGAUGUGUCUGUUGUCGGAAAGUGGGAGGCUACUCCAGAGUUUCUUGACUUGAGCUCAAACACCUUGUCGGGAGCCUUGCCGAACUUUACUAAUACGUUUUCUAGGUUGAGCGUGUUGAGCAUCAGGAAUAACUCUGUCUCCGGUGGCUUGCCUUCUCUGUGGGAUGAUGAUUCAGGGGCUUCUUCUCAGUUCUCCGUGAUUGAUCUAAGCUCUAAUAAGUUCAGCGGCUCGAUCCCGCAAAGCUUCUUCGCUUUUGCAAGCUUGAGGAGUUUGAACCUUUCUAUGAAUAGCUUGGAAGGGCCGAUUCCUUUUCGCGGUUCGGGUGCUAGCGAGCUUAUGGCUAUAAGUUCUGAUCCUCAGAUGGAGUUGCUUGAUCUCUCGACUAACUCUUUGACCGGUGCGUUACCCGGAGAUAUAGGUACGAUGGAAAGAAUCAGAGUGCUGAAUGUUGCUAAUAAUAAGCUCUCCGGGGAGCUUCCAAGCGAACUCAACAAGCUUAGUGACCUUGAGUACCUUGACUUGUCGAACAAUGAUUUCAACGGUCAGAUUCCUGACAAGCUCCCUUCCGGAAUGGCGAGAUUCAAUGUGUCGUACAACGAUUUAUCAGGGAUCAUUCCUGAAAGCCUGAGAAGCUACCCGCAUUCAUCGUUCUAUCCUGGUAACUCCAAGCUAAGUCUCCCAGGUGGGACUCCUCCAGUGGGUUCUUCUAACGGUGAGCUGGCUGUGCAUGAGAAAGCGGGUCGUCAUAAUCAUUCGAGGCUUAGCAUUAAGAUAGCUAUCAUCGUCGCUUCGGUUGGAGCAGCUCUUAUGGUUCUCUUUGUUUUGUUUGUCUAUCAUCGAACACAGCUCAAGGACUUUCAUGGGAGGAAGAACGGAGCCACGACUAGAGACGCCAAAUUCGGACGCUCUACUCGUCCCUCCUUUCUCAACUUCACCUCAAACGCUGAACACCACCAGUCUUCAUCUCUGAGCUUCUCUAACGACCACUUGCUCACCGCGAAUUCACGGUCUUUAUCCGGGAUACCCGGGUCUGAAGCUGAGAUAACCGAGCAGUGUUUACCCGCCACUACAAUACCUAACCUCCUUGAUGAUUAUCCCGCAGCAUCUGGACGGAAGUCUUCUUCAGGAGGAGGCUCCCCUUUGUCUUCGCCUCGUUUUAGCGACCAGCCUGUGAUGUUAGAUGUUUACUCACCCGAUCGUCUGGCUGGAGAACUCUUCUUUUUGGAUGUCUCGUUAAAGCUAACAGCAGAGGAGCUAUCACGAGCUCCUGCAGAAGUGCUAGGUAGAAGCAGCCACGGGACACUAUACAAAGCGACUCUGGAUAACGGGCAUAUGUUGACCGUGAAGUGGUUGAGAGUUGGACUCGUGAGGCACAAGAAAGAUUUUGCGAAAGAAGCUAAAAAGAUUGGUUCGUUGAAACAUCCAAACAUUGUCCCACUGCGAGCAUACUAUUGGGGUCCCAGAGAACAAGAAAGGCUUCUUCUCUCUGAUUACUUGGGAGGAGAAAGCUUGGCCAUGCAUCUAUACGAGACUACUCCUCGUAGGUAUUCUCCAAUGUCUUUCACCCAAAGACUAAAAGUUGCGGUUGAAGUUGCGCAGUGUCUUCUUUACCUUCACGAUAGAGCGAUGCCGCACGGGAACUUAAAGCCUACAAACAUUAUCCUCACGAGUCCUGACAACACAGUGCGGAUAACGGAUUACUGUAUUCACCGUCUGAUGAGUUCCUCUGGUGUAGCGGAACAGAUCCUAAACAUGAGUGCACUCGGUUACUCAGCUCCUGAACUUGCAUCAGCUUCUAAACCAGUUCCAACGCUCAAAUCCGAUGUCUAUGCGUUUGGAGUGAUACUUAUGGAGCUUCUGACUAGACGGAGCGCAGGUGACAUAAUCUCGGGUCAAUCAGGAGCCGUUGAUCUGACGGAUUGGGUGAGGUUGUGUGAUCAGGAAGGUAGGAGAAUGGAUUGCAUAGACAGAGACAUUGCAGGUGGGGAAGAAUUCUCAAAGGCCAUGGAGGAUGCACUUGCUAUUGCAAUCAGGUGCAUUGCCUCUGUAAAUGAAAGGCCUAACAUCAGACAAGUUCUUGAUCUUCUUAGCUCAUUAUCUUCUUGAGAUUUGUUUUUUUUUUGUUCCUUUGUAUAUCUCUAUGGAUAUCUCUAUUCAUCCAUCAUCCCAUUUUUUCUUUCUUUGUGGUUUUAUGUUUCUCCAGUGGUUUUGAUCAGAUGAUUCAGAUUCUCAGGUGUUCUUACAGUUUUAUAUUUUGUUGAUUAUUUUUCCCUUCCUUUGUAAAGGUAGAAGAAAAACUAAUCCCAUUGAUUCUGACGGAACAAAGUUUCAGUUUGGUUA